ACCGACGCAACACACGCCGGUCAGUCGUCAACAGCACCGCACGUUGCUUGUUCGUCUUUAUAAUAUUCACACACGCGCUUAAAAUAUAAUUAUCUACCCGUGACACCACAUAUCGACGUAGUAUCAUAUAGUGGCUAGUGGGCUAUAACGAUUCGUUUUCGAUAUAGUCAAUAGUAAAAUCUCAUAACUCUAAUAGUUUUCAUUUUUUUUUUUUUUUUUUUUUUUUGUUGGCACGAUAGUUCGUCUCGAUAACUUCCCUUUCGAGUGCGUUCCGGAAAUCCAACAUCCACGAAGUCUACUGCAGACUUCCGAUCAAGUGUCAGCGAAAUUCAGACCAGAGGUGCACACUCACUACGUCGAUAUCCUCAGUGCUACACCUAUAAUAUUUUACACGUGAGUCAAGUUGGCUUCAUUCGUCGGUGCAUCGACCAUUUUCGACUUCAACAGACAUAAUCGAGCAAACGGCGUGGACGCCGAUAUGAUGACAUCCGUGGCCUGACUUGCAUACUAUCCGAGCACGUUUGACAGCGAUAACAGCGACGAAAUCGACACAGCGAUAGACUGAUAUACGCCGCUCCGCGAUGAAUCGGUCCACACACGCGGCCGCUCUGAUAGUGGCCAUCGGGCUCUGCCACGCCGUGGCCGUCACAGGUUCCGACGAGUCGGUGUCCGCGACGACGGACGAUCUGCAAGGUCGGCUGAUGGACACGGUGGACGGGCUGUUGGACGCUGCCGACUCGUAUCAGCUGGCGCCUGGCGUCCGGAUCAAGCGGUCCUCCGAGGAUACAGCCGACCCUUCCGCAGAUCAUCUGGCCGACCGCGAUCGUGAUCCUGAGAAGUACCUGAUCGACAGGUUGGCCCGGUACGCCGGAACUCACGUUCUGGACGUUGACUUUGCCGAGAUGUUCCGGACUUCCGGAAGGUCGUUUUUCCAACUUAAACAUCUGCCCAGAUUUAACUUUGGUAAGAAUUCAUUUUUGACUGGUUUUGGAUUGGGUUUUUUGGCGUUCGGAUUGAAGAAAUUAUUACUCCCGAUCAUCAUCGGUGCACAAAUCAUCAAAUCCAUUGCACUUGCCGCUCUGUUACCAACAAUAUUGGGUAGCGUCGGAAAAGUAGUUUCAAAAGGUGUAUCAAACUUCGCGUCGAGUUCAUCGCACUUUGGACCUGGAGCCGGUUCAGAUGGUUUAAGUGACUUUGAAUUUAAAGACCAACAAUCGAACAUCGGUCUGGGUUACGAUACGGCUGGUGCCGCGGACACUUCGGGUUCGGAAACGGGUUACCAGAGUAUUUGGACGUAUCCACCAGAUAACAAUGUGAAUGCGAUAACCGCGAGCUACGGUAGCAACAGCAGGUACCCACAGAAAUAUGGUCAAAACACUGUGUCCAGCACCAAGCUCCAGUCGGGCAACUAUUAUACAAAAGACAAGACCGAAGACUUCAAGGUAUUCCAUACGAUACCAACCAGCUCGCAUCUGUUGGCAAACUACGAUCCAUUUUACAGUCCACUAUUGUCCAGGAUCGACACGGUGUAUAAGCAGCUCGGGUACACCACUGAACCAUGCCGGGAACGAUUGGUUUGCCAAAUGUACAAGAACCCAGCCAAGUUUGCACCGUACAGCAAUCUCAUAUCAGCUCAACUCAGCAGAGAGUUGAAUGAAUUGCGCAAACCAUCGUCCGAGAAUCCAGAGAUAUUGCGAUUUUUCAAGUAUAUGAAAGCCGCUAAAGAUGGUCAAGACAACAAAAAUUGCGAGAUGAUAUUCUCGUCGUGCGUGUCUCAAAGGUCACCGGACGAUUCGGUGCCUAUGAUGACCACUUACAAUGAAAUCAAUAAAUUGGUACAGGCACGAAACGCUAAGAGACUGAUGGAAUCGUCCACUGUUUCCGAAGACGUUAAGUCGGAAUCAUCCACUGUUGGUGACGUAGAGUCGGUAUUGACUUUGAAGUGAAUAAAUGACGUUUUUUUCGAUCAAUGACGCAGCGUGGCAGAAUAUAUUCAAAGUCAUUAGGAAAUAUAUACGAUACCUCGUCUAGCUCAACAUAGUUUGUAGUUAUAGUUAUUCUGUAUAGUUACGGUAUAGUUAGUAUGCCAAAUGCGCACACAUCAUAGGAUGAUAGUUAUUUAUUGAGCGCGCGGCAUAUUGUUAAAUCGGUAAACCGCGCGCGUCGUAUUUUUAUCAUAAAAUAAUAAUAAUAAUAAUAAUUUAUUGUGUAUAUACCGUGAACAUAAUAUUUCGAUAAUUUGUCAUAGUUUUUGCGUCUAGUCGAUCUGGAUGCAUUUAUAUUAUAUUCAUUGUUUGAUCGAAACACGCAGAGAACCAAUAUCGGAAUCAUCGCUCUACUGACAAUUCGUCGAACUUUAUGUUUUCGAUACCUAUUAAAUAUAGUUCACUACCGAAAUGGUUUCGGAAAAUUUGGACAUGAGUUGUUGUUCUAAAUCAUCUCAAGUUUAGCCAGAAUAUGAAAAUUGUUUUUCGAGUUCCAUUUUUGGACACAUAUUUAUUUAUUUAUUUAUUUACUUAUUCUAUUUUGAAUUGCUCAACUUGAAUAACGGAAAGAAAGUACGCAAAAUGAGUAAGUUUUUAGAAUAUUUUGAAAUACUACUUGAGAUAUCGGUACAAUAAUUAUAUAAAUAAACCAAUACGGCUUAUUUCGCCAUCAUAAUAAUAUUAUUAUGAUAGUUGAUUUAUAAUUGACGGUAUACUUGGUUUUUAUGAAAAACGUUUCAAGACGUUUCACAGAUCUUCGAAUACCAUAAUCGUUUUUUAAACACUUUAUUACAAACUAUUUAAGAUAGUUGGGAUAUUCGAUGGUUUGAUGUUCAUUGUCAUAUUAUAUCGUAUUUUAACCCAGAAAUGUCUUGAAAAAAUAACACUUUACGUAGUGUUUAGUUUUGAUUAAUAACUAAUAAGCCUGUCUAAUGUAAUAGUUAUAUAGGUAGGUAUCACAACAAUCUAUACUAUUAUAAUUUUGUGAUAUUGAUAGUUAUCUAAUAUCAAUGAAUUAAGUGCCUAAUUUACUAUGUCAGUGAUAUUAUAUAUAUUUAAUUUUAUGUUGUAUUGCAUCUUUGUUUAUACAAUUUACAAGAUUCAGUUAAUUUUACUUUGUAGGUAUGUAGUAUGUAGUAUGUACCGAUGAUUUGUGUUAUUGAUCACAUAUAUUAAUUGUACCCAACGCGUGUUAUUAUAUUGUUUUAAAUUAAUAUAUUUAUUAUGUUUUAUAAUUUUGUAAACACCAAACACAUUAUGUACCUAUAUAGCCAUACAGUGUAGAUAAGAUAUAACAUACAAUAAUGCGUUAGUUGUAAAUUUUGCAUUGUACUUUUUACAACUGCACUUUAAUAAUUGUAAUAGUAUUAUUAUAGAGUCAGUAUUUUGUAAAUAAUUAUUUAUGCACUAAUCAAACACAGUUGACUAUAUCAUAUUUUAUAAUCGAAUUGAAAUUAUUGUUAUCUUUUUGUUAAGCUUCUGUACUUUCAAAUAUUUCUAUUGUUAGCUUUAAUAUAAGAAAUAUUUUAUUUAAAAAAAUAUUAUUAUCAAUAAACUAUGUAUCAAUACUU